AUGGCCAGGCCCAGGCAGACUAGCCUUAAAAGUUUUUUUCAGAGGCCAGACGCGAAGGAGGAUACUGAAUCAGGAACGCCUGAAGCCUCAGAUGUCCAGAGCCAGACAGCUCUGCCACCACCGGAGAAAAAGCCGAAGUGUAGGGCGUAUCGGUCGGAAUGGAGUGACAAGUUCCCAUGGCUAAGAUGUGAGGUAGUUGAUGGUAACGAAAAAAAUAUGUUCUGUUCGCGCUGCGAAAAGGCAGGACGACGCAACGGAUUCACAAGAGGGUCGAAUAAUUUGAGAAUGUCUGCUCUCAUUGAACAAGCUCUCGAGGCUCCAGAUUUUGUCACCACCGAUGGGAAAUAUUGCCACAGUGACUCUGUGGAUGAUAUGGAAAAGGCAUUAGAACACAUCGUGGUGGAACAGAUCCGUGAAAAACUGAAAAACAGUGACUUCAUUGGAAUAAUAAUUGAUGAAACUGUAAAUAUCACUGUGAACAAAAAGUUAAUCAUAUAUCUAAAGCUGGAAAUAAAAGGAAAGGUGGAGACAUGCUUUCUUGGAAAUUAUGAUGUGGACUCCGGGACAGCAAGAUGCAUUUAUGAUUGCGUUGUUGCGGUGCUUCGCGAAAUGGAUAUAGCACUGUCCCGUGUCAUUGGCCUGGGUUCAGAUGGUGCAAGUGUAAUGAUGGGAAGGCAUGGUGGGGUGGGGGCUUUGUUUAAGCAAGCAAAUCCCUUUUCUAUCCAGGUGCACUGCGUUGCCCACAGGGCUGCACUUGCUGCGCUGGACGCAGAGAAAGCUGUGGAAAACAUCAGAGCUUACAAAAACACGAUCUCCUCGGUGUUGUACUCCUUCUACAGACACUCUGCCACCAGAACAGCCCGGCUCCGCCAAUUAACAGCUGCACUCAGUGAUGAGGACAUGGUCAGCCUCAAGCAGCCGUGCGCAGUUCGCUGGCUAUCCCUACACAGGGCUGUGGAGGCCAUGAAGCACAACUGGGCAGCUGUGGCCAUGGAAAUUAAUGAAGAGGCAGUUUGUGGGGGAAAUACCCAAGCACAAGGGCUGCUUGGUCAAAUCCAGACCUACAGCUUCAUAGCCCUGACUCACGCAAUGGCCGAUCUACUACCAGUGAUGACAAAACUGAAUUUAGUUUUUCAGAAAGACAACGUCAAUCUUUCCAGCAUCCGACCAAUAGUGCAAGCAUCUGUCGCGGCAUUUACACACUUACGAGAUGUCCCCGGUCCAGAAGAGGAAACAUUCCAGGCGGGAUAUAAAGACGGCACAUACAAGGAUGUCAAAGUGACCAAUUCAAGCGACCCGCUCAUUCAAGCUUUCAAAAAAGCCAGAGAACGCUAUGUUCAACAUCUGAUAGAUGCCUUGCUAGAUCGGUUCCCCGAGGAUUGCAUGGAUCUACUUCACUGCCUCGAUGCCCUUCUGAACCCCUCUAGAUAUCCGCAGACACAUAGUGGUAAGUAGGAGGAUGUUGAUAUAUUAUAUGGGUCAUUCUACAGAAAUGUUCACUUUUGGUAUGGCAACUGGCAAGGUGUCUUAAAAUGUAUUUGUUUUUCUAACAUUUAAACUUACACCACAUUAUUAGAUUAAUAAAAAUGUAAAAUAUAUA